CUGACGACAUAUGUUAUAGCAGUUAUAAAAUAUAGCUGGAUGAACAUUUGGGGUCACUAACCGACAAGAUUAGGACAAUGGACAAGUCACUUGACAUGGAUCAGGAAGGCGCAGGUGAACCCGAGAAACGACCCAAGCCAGGCGAGAGAUAUGCUGACGGUGAUCCUGAGGAAAAGCGUCCCAGUCAUGGAGAGAUUCAGACCCCAUGUUUAGAGACUGGAGAAACGGGUACGCAGCUGCAGGGAACACAAAAGACAACCUUCAAACGAGUUAUGCAACAAGUCAUACCAGCUGUCCUCUAUGGAGCUAAAAGUAUCCUUACAGAUACCUGGCCACCUUUCAUACCACAUGGCCACAGUGUCCCUAAUGACACACACCAAGAGGAAACUGAUAACAUAGAUAGAACAACAGAUAACCUGAUUGGUGAAAGUGGAAACUUAAACAGAAGAAAGUCUAACAUAGCGGAGAACAAGAGAAGAGAUCACACUAUCAAAAGUGCCAAUCUGCCUUCUGACGAUCAAGCCUCACCCCGCCAAGCAGUCAUUGAAAUUGGAGAAACUAAUUUGACAGUUAUUGACCCUGGGUCUUCUGGUUUGAAGGUCAUUCAACCAAAUCAACAGCCUGGAGAAACUUAUCUCCCCAGAACCAAUCUUCCAAAGUCAGACGCUUUUGCAAAUGUUCAGGUUCCAUCCCUCCAGACUUCAGGGAUAAAUGUUCCAGCCAUAGAGACAUCAAAUAUCACUCAUGUAAAUUCAGUCGCGACUGCAGGCGAAGGACUCUCAUUCAUACAUGCUCCAUCAUUUAGCCAAAAAACACCAGACAAUAAAACGGACCCUCAGCCUGUAGCACCAGAAAAUGACCAAGAAACAAUAGAUCAACGUUUUAGAAACAUCUGUGAAACAACUCAGACAAUGAUCACACAGCAUGAAUCAGUGUAUGUGUCAACUUUUGGACAGAGGUUGGCAUUGAAACAUCUGCAACACCGUGGAGCAAUAUUUAUGAAAGGACGAUCUGGUUCUGGGAAAUCUAGAUUAGGGCUGAGACUCCUUGCUGACGUCUCAAGGUUGACACAUAGGAUACCUAUAGUCUUGACAGCGGCAGAACAGUGGAGAGAUAUCCCCCAGAAACCCAAAAAUGUAGCAUCUGGAAAACCAGCGAAUAAUUAUGUCGUACUAAUAGAUGACAUUUUCGGAUCGACUAAUUUUGUUGAAUCUCGUUUUGAUGAAUGGACAAGAGUGUUUGAUGUCAUGCAUCCUUCAGUUGAAUCUGGCCAUGUAAUGCUGGUGUUGACAUCUCGACCAGACAUAAGUGACCAAUGCCAGUCCCGACUGAAAAAAUACAAACUUAACAGUCAUAUGUUCCAUCUAACUUUAGAUGAAGGUGAAUUUACACUUCGACCGAAGGAAAAGAAGUUGUUACUCAAAAGGAUUUGCCAAACAAAAGUGAACUUUACUGAAGAGGAGAUCAAUGUGAUAGUACAGUUAAAGACAACACUUGGAUUCCCCCAGUGUUGUCACUAUUUCGCAAGAAGUAAGCAAGCACAGAGUCAAAGGGUCAUUUUUUUCCUAAAACCAAAUGAGUAUGUGUUGGAGGAAGUAAACUGUUUGCAAGAGAGUGAUGGGCUUGGCUAUCUGGUUCUGUUGAUAGUGUUAUUUGAAAAGGGAUAUCUUGAUAACAAGUAUCUUCAUCCUCACAAAAGCCCCCAAGAGUUUAAAAAUAGGGAGUAA